UCUGCCUAGGUUAGAGCCUCCCGGGAUGGUGCAGGACCUUCGUGCAUAACCCCCCGGGCUCCCAGCAGUGCUACUGGGCCCCAGGCCCCCCCGGAGAUGAAUCUUUGUUGGAAUGAGAUCAAAAAGAAAUCUCACAGCCUUCGGGCUCGACUGGAGGCUUUUUCCGACCACAGCGGGAAGCUGCAGGUCCCUCUCCAGGAGAUCAUCGACUGGCUUGGGCAGAAGGAUGAGGAGCUCUCGGCGCAGCUCCCGCUCCGGGGAGACGUCCUCCUGGUGCAGCAGGAGAAGGAGACGCAUGCGGCUUUCAUGGAAGAAGUGAAGUCUCGGGGGCCGUACAUUUACUCCGUCCUGGAGUCAGCACAAGCUUUCCUGUCCCAGCAUCCGUUUGAGGAACUGGAAGAACCAACUGCAGAAAGCAAAGAUGUGUCUCCCCGGCACCGCAUCCAGAACAUCAGCCGCUUCGUGUGGAAGCAGGCGAACGUGGCCAGCGAGCUGUGGGAGAAGCUCACGGCCCGCUGCGUGGACCAGCACCGUCACAUCGAGCGCACCCUCGAGCAGCUCCUGGAGAUUAAGGGGGCCAUGGAGGAGCUCAGUGUAACACUGGACCAGGCCGAAAGUGUGCGUGAAACCUGGGAGCCCAUUGGGGACCUCUUCAUUGACUCCCUGCCGGAGCACAUCCAGUCGACCAAGCUGUUCAAAGAGGAGCUCUCCCCCAUGAAGGACGGGGUGAAAGUGGUCAAUGACCUUGCGCACCAGCUCGCCAUCUCGGACGUCCACCUGUCCAUGGAGAACUCCCGCACCCUGGAGCACAUCAACACGCGAUGGAAACAGCUGCAGGCCUCCAUAAAUGAACGCCUGAAGCAGCUCCAAGAUGCCCACCGGGACUUUGGACCGGGCUCCCAGCACUUCCUCUCCUCCUCUGUUCAAGUCCCUUGGGAACGAGCCAUUUCCCCCAAUAAAGUGCCAUACUACAUCAACCACCAGGCCCAGACAACUUGCUGGGACCACCCGAAGAUGACAGAGCUCUACCAAACACUAGCGGAUCUGAACAACAUCAAGUUCUCAGCGUAUCGGACAGCCAUGAAGCUGCGGCGGGUGCAGAAAGCCUUGCGACUGGACAUGGUGACCCUGACCACCGCCCUGGAAGUCUUCAACGAGCACGACCUGCAGCCCAGCGACCGGGCGAUGGACGUGGUCGAAGUCAUCCACUGCCUCACUGCCCUCUACGAGAGGCUCGAGGAGGAGCGGGGCAUCCUGGUCAACGUGCCGCUCUGCGUGGACAUGAGCCUCAACUGGCUGCUCAACGUCUUUGACAGUGGUCGCAGUGGGAAGAUGAGGGCCCUCUCCUUCAAGACCGGCAUUGCAUGUCUGUGCGGGACGGAGGUCAAGGAGAAGUUUCAGUAUCUCUUCAGCCAAGUGGCCAACCCUGGGGGCCUGUGUGACCAGCGGCACCUCGGCGUCCUGCUCCACGAGGCCAUCCAGGUGCCGCGGCAGCUGGGGGAGGUGGCGGCGUUCGGGGGCAGCAACGUGGAGUAUCGGAGCCUGAAGCAGUUCAACGUGGAUAUCUGCCAGACCUGCUUCCUCACGGGACGAGCCAGCAAGGGCAACAAGCUGCACUACCCCAUCAUGGAGUACUACACCCCGACCACAUCCAGUGAGAACAUGAGGGACUUUGCCACAACCCUGAAGAACAAGUUUCGAUCCAAGCAGUACUUCAGCAAGCACCCGCAGAGGGGCUACCUGCCCGUCCAGUCCGUGCUGGAGGCCGACUUCUCAGAGACACCAGCCUCGUCCCCGAUGCUGCCACACGCUGACACCCACUCCCGGAUUGAGCACUUUGCAAGCAGGCUUGCGGAGAUGGAAAGCCAGAACUGUUCCUUCUUUAAUGACAGCCUGUCCCCUGAUGACAGCCUGGAUGAGGAGCAGUUCCUGCUGCGCCACUCCAGCCCCAUCACGGACAGGGAGCCCGCGAGCGGCCAGCACGUCCCGGGCAGCCUCAGCACGGAGGACAAGGGUGAACUGGAGCGGAUCCUGGCCCACCUAGAGGAUGAAAACAGGAUUCUCCAGGGAGAGCUGAGGCGUUUGAAAUGGCAGCACGAUGAGGCCGUGGAGUGCCCGAGCUUGGCCGCGGGCUCCCCUGAAUCAGCACAAGAUCCGCAUAACGACGAGCUCCUGGCGGAAGCGCGAAUCCUCCGGCAGCACAAGAGCCGCCUGGAGACCCGCAUGCAGAUCCUGGAGGACCACAACAAGCAGCUGGAGUCCCAGCUGCACCGGCUGCGGGAGCUGCUGCUGCAGCCUCCAGCAGAGUCGGAAGGCAACGGUUCGGCACCUUCCUCCUUGGCUUCGUCCCCGCAGCAGUCGGAGGGCAGCCAGGUGAAGGAGCAGGAGCACAACACCCCCGACACGGAGGCUGCAGACGAGGUGGAGGCCAAGGCCCAGGACGUCAGCGUGUGCCUGGAGGAUAUCAUGGAGAAGCUGCGCAGCGCCUUCCCCAACUCCCGAGGUACUCGAGUGAAGUCCCCCUCGCUGGCCUCCUACUGCUCCCUCCGGUGAGGUUGU